GCUUCAGACUCACUUUCACCUAGUCUAAACUCACUCUUAAAUGUCGGGUCAUUGGCAAAAAGUAGUCUCUGGUGCAUGUAAACCUAAACAUGCACCUCUAAAGCCCAAAUAUAUCGAUGCUCUUAUCUCCUGCACCUAUCAAUCAGAUGGCUCUUUUCAAGACGUUUCUCGGGCUCUGCGAUCGAAACUUAGGGAUCCAAACUCUUCGAUCGUCUUCAAGGCUCUUUUGGUGAUUCAUACGCUCAUCCGUUCUGGGAAUUCGGAAGAAGUCAUGACCUAUUGGUCUGGUGUCGAUGGCCGUGACGGUCGAUCUCUCGGUCUCAAUGUUGUGAGCACUACCAACGAUACUCCUCAAAACUUGGCUCGAUAUGCAAACUACCUCCUGGCUCGCUUUAAAUGCUUCGCUGCUCUCAAACAUGAUCCGAUACGUACUCGAUCUGAAGCGCCGGCCUCACUUCGUAAUUCAUCUCGGAAUGGUGCCAAUCGGCUUCGAACUUUGACUGUUGAGAAAGGCCUUUUGAGAGAGGUGGGCACAUUGCAAAAAUUGAUGGACGCACUGGUUGAUUGCAAGUUCUAUCUCGAAGAUACGGAUGACGACCUCGUCAUGUCGGCAUUGCGAUUACUCGUCAAAGACCUCCUUGUACUUUUCCAAGCGGUGAAUGAGGGUGUGAUCAAUGUAUUGGAGCAUUACUUCGAGAUGUCACAUGUAGACGCCACUACCGCAUUGAAAACGUAUAAGAUUUUCUGUAAACAGUGCGAAAAGGUCGUGGCUUAUCUUGGUGUGGCUAAAAAGCUUCAAAACAUCAUCAACGUCAAUAUACCCAACCUUCGGCACGCCCCCGUUUCUCUUGCUGGUUCACUCGAGGAGUACCUAAACGAUCCUAACUUUGAAACGAACCGAGCCGAAUACAAAGAAAGUAAGCGGAUAGCGGAUGGCAAACCACCAGACAAAACCAACACGCCUAAACCCACGGCCACAAAACAAACUGCCCCAGCACCCAAUCCCCCACCACCGCCCAUAGCAUCUGAAGCUCAAAAAACCUUCACUGAUUUCUUCGAGUCCAUCGAAUCUCAGCAGUCAUCGAUGUUCAACUCAGAUCAGAUGUCACCCAAUGGAACUUAUUCUCUGCAACAGCCGUCCGCUCAUCCAUUCCAGCAACAAUCCAAUGCUUUCCCCAUACAGAGUCAACCCACCGGCUUUGCUUCUCAACAGGUGAACUUUAUGAACCCUCAGCCUACAGGCUAUGGGCGGGCAUCUAUUGGUCAUGCCUUUAGUCAACCAACAGGCUUUGGAGGAUCAACCAUCAAACCAUUUCAACCUUAUUCGAACUCAUCUACUCCUUCUAAUUUCAAUACUCAAGCGCCUAUCGUUAGUCAACCUACUGGAUUUGGCGGAUCGACGAUCAAACCGUUUCAACCUUCUUCUAGUUUUGGAACUGAACUGGCUCAAAGUUUAAAUGGACCUAACCCAUUUAGAGCUUCUAUGGUUGGAAACAGUACUACUCCUAGUAGUGGUACUGGCACUGGAACUCAGGGGUUUUCGGGGUUUGGAAGUGCCCAUCAGUUUGGGACUGAGAGUGUUGGUAGAGAACAACAGGAGAGCUUGAUUUGAAAACUUGAGGGAAUUUGUAUUGGUAGAUAGGAUGUGAUGGAAGUAGUUGGAUUUUUGAGUUUGAAAUACUAUAAAGUGAGAUUUUGAAGAAGAUAUUUAUAUCUUAUUUAAUUUAAACAAGAAUAAAUUCUGAGCCUUAAUUGAACAAAUAAAAGAUUAGGAAGAUAUUUAAAGAGAUAGGAAUUACUAAUCUAUACAAGCUUUUUUUUAGUUUUUUUUUCUUUGCUCUGCUUUAUGAUUUGAUUCUUUAAUUGAUUAAUUGAUUGAUUGAUACAAACAACAUAGAUAUGAAAAUUGAAUUUAUGUGAUGUAUCAUUUAUGACUGCAAAGGUGUAUAUUGAUUGAAUGGUUUGUCUAUUUAUGGUUUUGAAAUCAAUUUCUAUAUGC